AUGGACAACAGCACGGUUAUACGCCUUCUGGUUAUUCAUCAUGACUUCGUCGCUGUAUUUGUGUAUAUCGAUUCUAUUGAUGUACGCUUCACGUGUCGAAACACAUGGAAUGUUCAGGAUGAAGGACAAAGAUGUGGUAUCCUUUGCGAACGUUUUAGAGAAAUUCGUGCGCCAUAUGAAAUCACACAAUACGGGAAGUUACGACGUUACAGCGAAUCCAGAAUCCCCAACAGAAAUGAUCAGAAGUGUUCCGUUAUACAGAAAACGUAA